AUGGCAACUGCACCGGCAAGAUCUCAUAAUGUGAAAAAGAAUAGAACAGGGCUCUUCGCUGCGAAUGAAAUAUAUGAAUUACAACCGACGAACGCUCCGUGUUCAAUCGAGCCCGUUCCCGCGAUUCGUCUUCGUAAUAAUAGUUUAGCUAGUUUUUUCUAUACAUCGUUAGAAUCGAAACAGCAACAGACUGAACAAUACAAUUCAAUGGCAGAUAGUUCUCAUAGCUUGACCUUGAAUAAUCAAAGAAAUGCUUUUCCACCAUCGAAUGUUCGUCAUCACAAGAUGUGCUUUCCGUCAAGCUCACCAACACAGCAACGAACUCAUUCGCGUCCUCACCUAAGCGACAGUAAAGAUACCUCAACGAAAGCGUCGAUUAUGCAAUCACAUGCAUCCGCAAGAUUGAAAUCGGAAGUCGAUUAUCUUCAACAUAAGUUAAAAAAGCACGAAGAAAUAAGUAGAAGUGUCCGCCUUCACGAUCAUCGAGAUCUGAAUAGUACUUCACGAGAUACUCUAUCUUAUUCAACUUCUUAUCGGUUUCCAUCUGCAUCUACUGUUCUGAAAGCUGAUCGCAUUCAUAAGCGUUUCUCAUCAGCUGCAACUCAUCAAACGAUAAAUACAUCAGUAACAAUGCCUACAAUCAAUGAUGCAUCCACACAAACAAUUCCAAUUCAUUCGAAUCCAAUUGCACGACUAGUGCCACCAAUUACUGAAAUAGAUAAUAAUCAAACAACAAUAGAACACAGGCCAACGCACGCUUAUCAAGUACCUCAACAAUCCAACAUUGGCAAUGAUAGCGUAUUUCUACCGAUUUCAUCGAUAAACCAGCGUUCAGCCAAAGUCGAUCGACAGCAGAAAGAUUUCAAAUCUGUUUCAUGUCCAUUCUAUGUUCUGUAUUUAACAAAUCUAACAAUGCAACAAAAUCUGAUUAAAGAUGAGAAUGCACACAAUAAUGAUCCUGACAUGACGUUAUCAACGAGACGUCGAGUACCAGAUAAUUCUCGAACAAGUAUAAAUACGUUUCAACGUCAGUCAACUAGAAGACAAAUUAAUAGUCGAUUAAGCCUAAACACGCCUUUAACCAUUGAUGGCGAUAUGUGUGCAGCAAAUACAAAAUAUUUGCCGACGACAACAAGACGCGAGGCUUCAUUCAAACUACGCGAUCUCCUUCGUACAUCAGCAUGGAAUCAUGUUCAAGUUUAA